AUGGCGCGUUUGCGCUACACAGUCACAUUGGUGACACCGGAGACAUCAGGACAGGGUCCGCCUAAGCUAGCGGUGCCGUUUGAGCCUUCCGUAAGUAGUAAGAGCCGACAUUAUCGACACAUGCAGCUGACCCCUCUCCAGGCUCUCGUGUCUGCCUUCGUCGAGGAGAUCUUCCGCCGCGUUCAGAAGCAAGGCAUCGAGCUACAGCCGAACACGCACAUUGCCACCCUGCAUCUCGACAGCGAGACGGGUGCGAUUCUCGACACCGAGGACCUCCUCUCCGAUGUUGUGACGGACCCCCACACCGAGACACUGUUCGCCGUAUUCCGGCCAAAGGGCUCUACACCUAGUAGUCAUGAAGCCCCUCCUGGCGUACCUCAGCAGGUAUGGGGUUUCCGCAGAUCAGGUGAAUGGGCAAGCGCUAACUGUGAAUCAGAACAACAGUCUGCCCGUCCGUGACGACGGAGCCGGGCCACAAUCUGAACAUCCUCAUCUGUCCAUUCGCAUCAUCACGCCCGAUCUGGCCAAACAGGACAAGAGGACCAUAUCUCCGAUCAAGAUCCCAACGACUGCCACCGUAAAGCAGCUGCACCAGGCCAUCGCCGACCACCUUCAUCUGCCUUAUGCAUUCGACAACGCCGGACUCGACAGCGAAUGCAACUGUAAUCUUGCCAGAGAGCUGGCUACUGGCGCCCGCUCUCCCAAGCAGCUGAUGGUCGUACACGGCAAGUCGAUUGUCCAGCAUUUGGAGGUGCCCGAAAACCCCCCCGAGGUUGCCAUAUCCUCAGUCCUGAAUAACUUCUUCGACAAAUGCGGUGAUACAAAGAAGGUCACGUACCACGGAGAGGAGUAUUACGCAGCAGGUCAGACGCAUCGUACUUUCAAGAGGAUACCAGUUGUUGCGUUGUGCUCUAAGAAGCGUCACAUUCCGGCUCACGCCGCAAGUGACUACGGCAGUGUUCACGCGCACCAGAGCCGCCUUCUUGAUAUUCACACGUCAGAAAUGCCGAUCAGCUCAGCUUGUAUGGACGUCAAGCUGACUGAUCUGGGCUUGGAUACGUUAGCAGACGAUGGUGCAGUGGACAUAUUCGCAGUAAAUCGGAGUACCACUGCUUUUGGCGCAAUCACAGGGCAUGGAAAGGCUGCCAUCUUCCGAUAUCAAGCUCAUUGGGAGCCAGUUGUGAAGCAGUCGGAUCGCGGCAUGGCUACGCUGCUGUCGUCGCUGAGGGUCUUCGCAUCGAUUGUGCAGGACAUGUCUGGGGAUGAGCGGCAUCAUCAGGACGCCAUUUAUCACGUCUUGAGUCUCCUGACCAGCUUCCCGCCAGCUCUCAGAGCCAUGCACAUACUGGUACAAGGCAAAACUCCCAACGCAGUGGAAUGUGCUGCCUUGAGUCACGCAAUGUUCGAGGUCCUCAGUGGCUUCAUGCCGAGCGAGAUCAUCGGCACCGAUGGAUCCCGUGUCUUCGAGGGCUCCCGCCUUCUAUUUGGCUUCAUUCUUGAAAAGGUGCGUAGCAUCAAGCUAAGCGAAGAUCUUGCCCUGGAGUCUCUCCCAUAUCUGGAUUCCUUCGAUUCACACAACAUUCGAGACUUCAAGACCGGCGAGCCCAUCAUGCAUCUCGUGUCGACCUCCCAAGGAAUGAUUGAGAAAGCCCUUUUCCAUGCCCUCCAAGAACAUGGUGCUCUUCGAGAUUCCCAUCUUCAAUCCUACUUGAUCCAGAUCGACCAGGAAGAGCACGAUUCAAUCCUCCCUAGAGCGGCAUUGCUGUCUGGCGGCAUGGCUGGUGAGGUGACUGGAUGGUCUGCGAAGCGACUGGCGUCUAGCUACCACCAUUACGCACGUGCGGGCGCUACCAGCAACGUGUUCGAUUUGACUGAGCUGAGCGAGCUGCAUCACCUCGCAGAGCUGUGUGGGCGACACAAGCUCGCGGUUCAUAAUCCCAGUCAAUCGGUAUCGGCAGCGUCCCCGUGCUUGACCUUUGACCGUAAUGGGCAUGUGGCUGUCUACACCGGCCAAACGCCAUGCUCCGAUCCCGGAAAGUCCUCCCAGAUCUUUCGACCGAAGCAUGGUGAGGAGACGAUCGACGUAGCUGUUGUCGAGCAGUUGCUGGCUCCGAUAAUCCAAACCUAUGAGUCUGAUGGAACCACCGUCUUCACUGCUGGUGGGGCGGCCGUUCGUCGACAACAGGCACCAGAUGAGAUUGUGAUGUUUGCUGUCGACUGCAGCUCAUCCAUGCGAGUGCCGACAGACUUUGCUGAUGUCAACGAUGAAGAUCCUCCAGGCCAUGGACCCGACGUACAUUCACUCAUCGAAGGCUACCAUUACACACGCCUGAACUUCGAUAAUAUGAAGGUAAGUCCUCAGAACACAUUGCGGUGCUAUCUCAGGAGCGUGCUCAGGCUCCUCUGAUGCUGUUCGACUCGCUGCUGCCUCGGACUUCAUCGAAAUACUCGAGAUUAAACAUGCUGCUUGGCUGGCUCAGAACUACAGACGCUAAUUUGGCUAUACAGGAGCGGAUCUCAGCGGAAGAGUCGUUCGAGGACAUGAUCGCAAUCAUUGCAGAGGCCAACAGCUCUCGGCGCCGAUUUGUUGCCUCUGAAGUCGUCGAGCUUCUUCGCAUUACACUUGGCGCCCAGAUCACCAAAAUUCACGGGGAACUUGCGCGUCGUAACGGCAUGUACCAAGGAUACCCUCUUUCGGCGCAAGAGUCAUCGCUCGACAAGCUCAAGACGUUUUGGGCAGGUCUUCGAACGCAUGAGACUGCGCUUUGCGACUUCCUCAUGUUCCGUGCAACUACGUCGCCUGAUGUGAAUCGCAAGUGGAUGUGGUCGCUAGGUGAUGGAAUACCCGAAGGAUCUGAAUCUCGCCAGUUGCCGUCUUUGCCAGACCAGCUGACUGAGAUACCGAAUCACUUGGUUUGCCCGAUCUCGCAUGCUUUGAUGGAAGAUGCCGUUCGUGCUGCUGACGGCUUUUCCUAUUCACGUCAGGCUAUAUCGCAAUGGUUCGCGAUUAGGGCUGCUUCGCCAACGUCCCCAAUGACCGGCUUGGAGCUGAACACCACGAGUGUUGAGAUGAACGGAGAGAUCUCCAACCUGGUGGCCAGUUGGAUUGGCGGUCGAGAUCUCUUGGCUCGACAGCCUUCAAGUUCUGUCCUUCCCAAUCCCACGAUCAAGCUCAACUUCAGCAGCAGGAUGGGCUAUUUUGAGCGGAAGGUUCUUACGCAGACAAACGUCAAUGAUUUAUAUCGACUGGUGUUCCGCGGUUUGAAGGCACGCUACGCCAUCUUCCAGCUGGCUAAGGGCGAAAGGACAAUAUACCCGUCUACAUCGACUCUACAUUCCGAAGGUUUCUGCCAUGGCGAUACCAUUACGAUUCGCCUUGCGGACGAUGCAGAUAUGGUCACAGCUGGCCCCACAACCUCGACAGUAUCCGGUGAGAUGUGUUUGAUCAAGGUAUAUCGAGACAUCAGUGGCCCCGCUUGUUCCUACUGGGUCCGGCGCGAUACCACUCUGUCACUUCGCUCUAUCCUGUGGAAGUACUGGAGAUCUACCUUUGCGAAUGACGGAAUGCCCGUGAUUGAAGAGCACGCGGUCUGGACGCACAUGGAAAACAACGGCGACGGUCUUCUCAGCGGCUGGUCGAACUCUUGCACCGACGGACUGUCUCAGUUCCUCAAUCGCACAGCUUGUUUUGGAAAGCUGUCACCAGAACCAGCAUACAAAGAGGAACAGAAUGAUUUCUCCGCCCUGGCUGAAGCUACCCAGCCGCUCGUCCUCAAGGUGUACAUUCAUCCACCAAUCGAGUCGAUCGAGAGAAGGGACAAGAUGAAGUUCAGCCGACUUGAUGUUCUCAAGCAAAUGUUCGAGGCGCUGAUCAACCGACUACUUGCGUAUGGCUUCAAGAGCCAUGUGGGCUUGAUAACAUUCGACACCAAGGCUCGUGUGGCCAUGAGCAUAACCCACGUCCUUGAGAAUUUGCGCCGUGCAACAGUCGACAUGCAGGCUGACGGGGACACUGCGCUCUGGGAUGCUCUCGCACUGUGCCAGGACCAGCUCAAGGAGUAUGGCUUGAAGUAUCCCAACGCAAAGCGGAGGAUGAUUGUCAUUAGUGAUGGCGACGACACCAAGUCUACGAGCAAUACAGCUCACGGCAUCGCAUGGAAACUGAAGCAAGAUGGUAUCGCGGUCGACAGCGUUCUCCUCGGUGAUGAUGGAAACGAAGAGCUCAUGGCUCUCUCCCAUUUGCUUGGCUGCUACAAGUUCCAGCCAACUUCGCUCCCAAACGCUCUCGCAAUCUGCGAGUUGGAGCCCUUCCUCUCUGUAACGGAGCGUCCGACCAUUCGAUCGCUGCGAAACGUACCAUCCGAUCAUAUCUCGUUCAGGUGCAGCUUCAAGCGGGCAACAGUCACAGCAGACGAGACCAUCGUCACUGCCGAUAACUUCCCUGCGCGCAAGCAGCAUCCCAACAUGCACGACGAUAUGGUGCAGCUGUCAGCUUUCGCAAUGCGAACGGGUCGUCCAUCGGCUGCUGGGAGCAGCCGCUCCAACAUCCGAACCUUGCGACUGAUGAACGAAAUGAAGACCAUCGUCACCUCUGGUGGGCACUCGAGCGUCGACAUCUACAUCAGCGAGAGCGACAUGAGCUUCUGGAAGAUUGUCAUGUCAGGACCUGAGGACUCUCCGUACUCUGAGGGUACAUUCUUGCUCUACCUGCACAUGGAUGAGGACUACCCGACCUUCGCUCCUCAAUGCCGUAUGGUGACGAAGAUCAAGCACCCAAACAUCAACCCCCACGGACGUGUGUGCCACAGCCUCUUCGGUCGAGAUUGGACCUCUGACACCAGCGUGCGCACUGUGAUCGACACCAUCUUUGGCCUCCUCCUUCAAGCCGAGGCGUCAGACCCCGUCAACACCGCCGCGGCUCUCGGAUAUCACCACGAUCAGGUCGAGUACGCUGAUGAGGUGCGCGAGUACGUGAAGAAGCAUGCAGUCAAGAGUCGACAAGAGUGGAACGAUGAAUUGUUGGGGCUACGGGAGCCCCGCCACGGCGACCAGGAGAUCGGCGAUGGCGAGGAUCAGGAAGAGGACGAGGAGAAUUGUGAUGAUGAUAUGGACCUUUACGCAUACUCAGGCGAGGAAGACGAAGCCGAGGACGAGGAGGAAUUUGAAGGCCUGGAAUAUGACGCAUACUCAAACGAGGAAGACGAAGCCGAGGACGAGGAGGAAGUCGAGGACGAUGAUGAUAUGACUGACUAG